CUAUACGCACCUUUUCUUUGAAUCUCUUCAUCCUAAUGUUGAAAAACCUUAUGUGGUUGGAACAUUUUCCACCUCAAAAAUAUCCCAAUUCUUGAUAAACGUUUUCAAGAAUUGUUUUUUUCCACUUUUUUUCUUUCCUUCUACUACUUUGCCCCAAAGAAAAAUACCCAACUUCUUGAAAUUUCAACUAUAAGGGGGAAGAACCUGUGAAUUUACUUGUCAAUCUUCAGUUUUCUUGGACACCCAUUUCAGUUCUCCUCUUGUUUUCAUUUGGGUAUUUCUUGAAUUUUUGUUUCAAAUCUUGGUUGUUGUGGGGAAAAUGGUGGGGGCUUUGUCUGUUGUGGGUUCACCUAUGGUGGAUUCCCAUUCUAGCCCUUGUUUGUGUUUGGAUGCUCUGCCUACUUGCAAUUUGGGUAUUGGGGAUUCACUUGCUAGGAAGCAGAAGCAAUUGCCAAGAUUGGGAGCAAUGGAAUUGAGUACUUCUUUUGUAGAUUUGAGGUUUUCAGCAAAAUGUGUAGAGGGUAAUUACAAGAAUUUGAAGAAACAGACAAAGGGUAGGAAGAACCUUAGGAUUGUUAAUGAUUUAGGUGGGCAGUAUGAAGAAAACUUUAGUGACAUUAAAACGCAAAUUCUCAACUACUUCACAUAUAAAGCAGUGAGGACUAUUUUGAACCAGCUUAAUGAAAUGAACCCUCCACAAUAUCAUUGGUUCAAUGAUUAUGUUACAGCAAAUAAGCCUAGGGAUGGAAAGCAUUUCAUUCGUAACCUUGCAAAGGAGAAGCAAGAACUCGCUGAAAAGGUGAUGGCAACACGUCUCAGUCUGUAUGCGAAAUGGAUAAAAAAAUGCGAUCACAAGGAGAUAUACAACCAAAUAUCUGAUCAAAAUGUGGAAGUGAUGCGUGAGCGACUCAUGGAGACUGUGAUUUGGCCAUCGGAUGACACGAGCACCGGGAUGAAAUAACUUCAUUGGCCAUUGCAUGCUGUUGAUUUCCUUCACUUCCCUUCAUUUUUCUCUUUCAAAAUUCUGUUUCUAUUAGCUUUUCCACUGAAUAUUCCCAGUAAAGUUGAUGUUGCAUUCUUCUCAGAUCAUGGGGGUUCUUGAACUUAAAUUGUAUAUAAAAGGGACUUUUGUAUAUCAUAUUCAGUAUAUUAUUUUAGAGUUA